AUGAGUUCUAUGAACUCCCGCCUCAAAGGCUUCGGGUUCGGAAAACGCAAGUCAACAGCCAGCAUCAGAACCACCACCGACGGAGUGCCUCCUCCCAUUACCCCUCCCCCAGGUCAGAUUCAAAUACCUCAACACCAUAUACCGCUCCCCGGGCAGACGCCGCCCAUCGGCAUCGGCAUCGGCUCGCCGUCCUCGACGACAGCUCUCGCCAUGAACCGCCCUCCCAGCUACACGGCCAAUUACCCCCAGGGCCCUCCCGGCGGACCUGGCGGACCUGGCGACAGAACUUCUCCCCAUCACGGCCACAGCCGAACCCCGCCAACGCAAAUGGUUGGCGGUCCGCCUCCCAUCCACACCGGCUCACCUCUUGGCUAUCCUCCUCCAAACGUGCCUCCCAUGGGCCAAGGUCCUCCCAUGGGCGGCGCUGCUCAGCCUGGUCCGGGAGGGCCGCCUCCUCCUGGCUUUGGAGGACAGCAAGGAUAUCCUCCUCCCGGACCUCCCCCGCCCCAGGGUGGUCCUGUCGCGCAACAGUACCAGCGAUCCAAUCCCGCUGCCGAGGUCGAGGGCGCCAGCAAGAGCAAAGCGCAACUCAUUGUUGGCAUUGAUUUUGGUACCACAUUCUCUGGUGUUGCCUUUGCCUUUGCGACAAACAAUGAAGCCAAGGAAGACAUCAUCUCCGAGUGGCCAGGAGCUGGCUCCUAUACCAAGCAAAAGAUCCCCACAGUCCUCUACUACGACCAGUAUCAAAAAGUGGUGGGAUGGGGUCCAGACAUUGCCGACGCUCUGGCGCCCACGGGAUAUCCCAAGCCAGGUGUUCAAAAGGUGGAAUGGUUCAAGCUGCAGCUCAUGCUGAGUGGCAACACCUACAUUGAUCCCAUCAACCUGCCGCCCCUGCCACCCGGCAAAUCCGAGAUUGACGUGGCCGCGGAUUAUCUCUUCAAGCUUCGGCAAGCUAUGCGAUCGGCGCUGCAAAAGACUCUGGGAGAGGUUUUCAACCGCGAGGAGCGCAACAUCCGAUACUACUUGACGGUGCCGGCCAUAUGGAACGACGCCGGAAAAGCCGCCACUCGAGCCGCUGCCAUCCAGGCCGGUUUCCUCCGCGACGAGAACGACAACCGUCUGACCCUGAUAUCCGAGCCCGAGGCAGCAGCCCUCUUCUGCUCCAAGACGGGAUUGCUCAACCUCAAGGUGCACGAUGCCGUCUUGAUUGUGGACUGCGGUGGCGGCACCGUGGAUCUCAUCGCUUACGAAGUCGAGGAGGAAAAUCCCUUCACAGUCGCCGAAUGCACGGCAGGAUCCGGGGACUCUUGCGGAUCCACCGCGCUGAACCGCAACUUUAGCAACAUUCUGCGCACCAAGAUUAGGAAGAUGAAGCUGCCCGACGGCUCCAAGAUGGCCGGCCGCGUCUAUGCCAAGUGCAUCAUGGACUUUGAAAACAGAAUCAAGGCCGACUUCCGAAACAACGGUCAGAAAUGGGCCGUCGACGUGGGCAUCGAGACCGAGUUUCCCGAGGCUGGCAUCGAGGAAGGCUACAUGACCUUUACCAACGAAGAAAUCCUGCAGUGUUUUGAGCCGGUUGUGAACCGGAUUCUCGAGCUGGUGCGCAACCAGAUCAUUGCCAUCCAGGCCCAGAACAGGGCGCUGCAGAACAUUCUCGUGGUGGGUGGGUUUGGCGCCUCCGAGUACCUCUUUCAGCAGAUCAAGCUGCACGUGCCUCCGCAGUUCCAGUCCAAGGUGGUUCGGCCCAUGGAUUCGGUAGCCGCCAUUGUCAAAGGCGCCGUCACCGCCGGCAUCACGGAGCGCGUCAUCACCCACCGUGUUGCCCGUCGUCACUACCUCAUGGCUACGCUGCAGCCUUUCAAGGAGGGAUACCAUCCCGAGGCGUACCGAGUCCCCUCGUUAGACGGGAAAGACCGCUGCAAGUUUACGCGGCAGAUUUUCGUGCAAAAGGGCCAAAAGGUCAAGAAUGGCGAACCCGUCAAGGUUUCCUUCUUCCGCCAAGUCGCACCUGGCGCAACCCUCAUGUAUGAAGAUGUGCUGUACGCUUGCGACGAUGAUGUAUGCCCCGAAUAUACCAAGGAUCCUCGAAUCAAAGAAGUUGUCACUCUCACCUCCGAUCUAUCACGCAAGAACCUCGAGAAAGACUUUGAACGCAUGGACACGCCACAGGGAACGUUUUACCGCGUCUAUUUUGAUAUUUACCUGACCCUCGAUGGCUCCGAGUUUAGCGCCGAGCUGGUUUGCCAAGGCGAGGUUAUGGGCCGAUGCAGAGCUCGCUUCAGGUGA